GUCAUCAACAGCUUCUCCCCUAAACAACUCAAUAAAGAUCAGGAAAUAUAUAUAGGUGCCGCUAGGUAUUUGUAUAUAUUUAUCGAUUGACGAUAAAACAUUUUGACGUCACUUAAUUAAAUUUUGUUUUUCGUUUCUACUUCUUGCUUGUGCCUAAUCCAAGCAAAACACCACCCAUCAUGAUUGAUGUCGCAUCGCCGCCAAACAAAUAUCACCCGACUCUAGACCGCGACAGCGACACAACAUCACAGCAACAGCAACAAAUGCCGUCACCAACAAACAAACUCAUCGACAACAAUGAAGCGAUCGGCGCAGAAGCCACCGGCGACAUGCAAGUAGAUGCGGCGCCGUCAGCAGCGUCAGCGUCAACGUCAGCGCCCGACAUGGACCAGGAGCAUCACCACGAACACGAGAGCGAGGGUGAGAGCGAUGGUGAGAGCGCGGCCGAUCGGGAGACGGUCAGCGUCACCGUGUCGCAUCGCGGCCACAAGUUUCCCUUUGAGAUCGAGGCCGAUCUCACCGUCACCGACUUGUUCCACGAGAUCGAGGCUGUGCUGGAGAUUCCCUUUGAGAACAUCAAGGUGAUGGUGCCCAAGGGUCCCUUCCUCAAGCACCCCUUCAAGGACCCCGAGUAUCAGGUCAGGAACCUCGCCGGAAAGACCGUCACAGUCAUGGGAUCAACAACUGCCGACGUCCAGGCUGUUCAGGCCAUGUGCCAGAAGCUCAGCAAGAUCAAGGCAGCACGGGAGGCGCAGCGGUCCAAGGCAAAGGCUAAAGGCCCGGUUCGGCGUCGCGGACUGCAAUCUGCGGAAGAUUCCAAAUACACUUUCUUGCAGGUGCGGCCACUCAGCGGAUUACCGCAUCCCGAGCGCAGCCUCAAGCUGCUGAAUCGGCUCAAAGAGGAUGCGGGCAUCAGGGCUGCCAUGCGCAAGCACAAGUUUACCGUUGCUCUUUUGACGGAGAUGGAGCCACUGGCACACACUGAAUCAACACACGAGGGAACAACGCGCAUCCUGGGCCUGAACCGCAACCAAGGCGAAGUGAUUGAGCUGCGACUACGGACUGACGCUCACGACGGCUAUCGCGACUACAAGACAAUCCGCAAGACUCUGUGUCACGAGCUCACCCACAACGUCCAUGGCCCUCACGACCGACAGUUCUGGGAUCUCUGCCAUCAGAUUGAGCGCGAGGUGGAUGCUGCCGACUGGAAGUCCAACGGCCGGACAAUCGGCGAGUCAUCACGAUACCACAUCUCUGGCCAGGACCAAGACGACGAGGACGUUCACGAGGAUGAUGGCGGCUGGACUGGCGGCGAGUUUGUCCUGGGCGGCAGCAAAUUGAGCAGUUCAGGACUCAGUCGGCGAGAGAUUUUGGCGCAGGCGGCGUUGGAGAGACAAAGGAAAGAAGAGGCUGAGGAAUGCAGCGCAGAAAAGGGUUGGCGGCCGUGCCAAAGACCGCAGCCGAACAAUGAUCGCAACUUGUGAGGGCGAAAAGGAAGUGUGAGGAAGCAUUUGCAUCAGUUGGCGUUAUAAUGGCAGAGAGGAUCAAAGCAACUGUCUUUAUUUAUUUGUUUGUGGUUUGUUUCACAUGAUAGCGUGUUGGAAUGGGGUAUUUGUGAAUUUAGAUGGAAUCAUUGUACUGCGAAUGAAGAGAAGGAUAUCAACUUGUUUAUCAUAUCAUGUCAUAUUGUUUACAUAGGUACUAUCAGGUACUACAUCAUCAAUCUCGAUUUGAUCAUUUCAUUAGUUUACGCUCACACAAUACUUUCCGAGGUGACUGAGUAUUUUUGUCUCUCCUCAAUCCUAAUACGGCAGCGGAUCCAAAUCCAAUCCGUCAACAGUGAGCUUGAAUGCAUCGUUUCUCGAGUAACUUCCCGCUGCAUCUAGGUCGAGUCUGCCGCGGAUGCAGUCGCGCAGGUCAAUGUCGGCGUAGAUGAGGCUGUCCUCGUCUUCCCACUGCGGACCAGCAAUGACAUCGCCAAAGGGAGAAACGAUGGAAGAGCCACCGCGGGAGAGGAAGUGGGGAGCUUUGAAAGCGGCUGCGGGCUGAGUUUGGUGUUGCAAGUGGUCUUGUUGCCUGGCUGGUUCGUCUUCCUGUACUUUGGGGAGUUGAUAAUUUUGAAGCUGUUGUCUCUGCUGCUCUUCAGCUUGUUGUUGCUCUUCUUCCUGCUUAUCUCCAUUAUCUGCCGGACAUGAGAGCACAAUCUCGUUGCCGUCCUCGUCAAACACGCUCUUCCGUCGUCCGUGCCUCACCUUGGGCGGCGGCACCGCAAACUCGAAGCCAUCGUCAGCAACCACCGCCGAAGUCCUCCGGCCUCCGACCGUUCCGCGUCUCGAGCCCCCGGUCACUGGCACCACAUCCCGGUCUCCAGUAUCAGCGGAAUCCGGCUCGCCACGGACGCACAUGUUGCUGCUGACGACGAAGCAGCGGCCCUCGAUGCCGAUUGUGCGCAUCAAACUGAGCCAGCCUUCGCGGCCGUCGGCGGUGGGGGCGAGAUAGAGGUUGAUGUUUUGGGCGUAGAGGGAUUGGCGGAGGAGAGGCAUGUAGUUUUCCCAGCAGAUGGCGGCGGCGAGGUUGAUGCGUUGGCCUCGGACGAAGGUCGUGACAGCUCGGAGAGUGGAGGGAUGGCCUUGGGCCCACAUGAGGCGCUCAGUGCCGGUCGGCAUCACCUUGCGGCGCUUGCCUAUGAUGCCCUCCUUGGGACACACAUAAACCGCCGCGCAGUACAAGCUGCCGCCCGCCUUCUCAAUGCAUCCCGUAACAUAAAAGACGCCCGUGUCGCGCGCAAUCCGCUCCAGCUCCUCUCGCGAGCCAUCGCCUCGACCGCUCCCGCCAAGCUCAUAGCCAGGCAAUUCCCGCCUCACCCACUUGACUCCGGCUCCCGCGCUGCCAUCGCCAACGGUGUCGCCGAGAUCAAUUGCUUUGUCAAAAUACUGGGCGAAUGACUCGCGGCCCUCGGCGGUACGGCUUCCGACGACGCAGCCGAACGACGUGCCGCGCGGGUAGCCGCCGAUGAAGGCUUCGGGCAGUAAAAGGAUAUCGAUUCUUUGAGCAGCAGCACGAGAGACUAUGUCGUGGAGGUGGGCGAGGGUGAGGGGCGUUGUGGCCUGGGUGUUGGGCGAGGCUGUUCCAACGCGGAUGGCCAUGGUCGAAGCAGCAGCGUUCAAUGUUAUCACGGGGAAUUCUGGAGAUGGAAUGCAGAUGGUGUUGAAGAUGCAAAGUUGGAUGAG